UGAAGAUAAAAAACAAAAGUUCAUUGUUUAACCGAGAGACAAGAAUACAAUUCCCAAGUCGUUUCCGACUCCCAGUCCCGAGUCCCAAGCCCGCUAAUUCCAACCACCCCCUUUCUUCUAUUCCCAGCCUACCUUAUUUAUUCAUUCACUCAUGGGCCAGCCCACCUCCACUUAGUUAUAAGACCUACACCCCUUUUAUUACAAAAUAUUAAGACUUAAUAAUAUUCUUAGGUCUCUAUCAUCACUCCCCCUUUGACAAACACCUUGUCCUCAAGGUGGGAAGUGACUGAGUAAGAAAUAGCUAUGCCAUUAUGCUUUAUCCUCGCUCCUCUGCCUUCCCAGUACUUCAGCUCGUAUAGUUUUCUUCGUUUUGAUCUCCAUUCAAUCUCUGUGUCCACAUAGUGAUCCUUUUGGCCACAGUUGUUACCUCCAUCCCUUCCCAAAGUCUGAUCUCGUACAGAAUCUCCCAUGAAGAACACAUAAUCAUCUUCGGGACUGUAAGUCUCAGUUUUCGAAUCAGCACCCGAGGAAGGUAAGAUAGAACUCAGUACACAGCCUCCCGACCUACUCCAUGUGCCUAAGACUUCUCCCAGCCUCUGCCUCUCCAGUUGUAUCAACAUCUUCCCAGGAACAAACUCGAUCCUUUCAUAUUCUAUGGAGGCCAGGGCACAACAUGCUGCCUCAUAGAGAGCAACAACAACCCGCUUACCAAAAUUUUCCUCAUGCUUCUCAACUAUUUGCUCAAUCAACCUCUUUAACCUUUCCACAGCUUGAUUCAUAAAGUCCAGGUCUACUUGGAUUGUAUUACACUGGUAUUCGAGAGUGAACCUAUCAGCAAUUUCUGUGAACCCUUCCUUCUUCCAUGGAUUGGCUGUCUCCUUUUCCAUCUCCGUUUCAAUCAUUGCAGAUUUGAGCAAGCAGAAUUCUUCUUCAUUUGCUUGAAUCUUUGCAGUGAUAGAUUUGAGAGGAACUUGGUGUCUGCUUAGAUGGGCAUCUCCCUGAAGCUUCCUGACUCUUCCAUUUUCCCUCCACUUAAUAGUGAGCUGGUUGAAAUUAAAUUCAACAGUUCCCAAUCCAGAUAACCAUUCUAAUCCCAAAACCAUCUCUAUUUCUCCCAAUUCUAAGACAUAGAAGUCUUGAAUGAUGUUAGUCUGUUGUAUGUUAAUAGAAACAGCUUCACAUCUCCCAUCAUUUCUGAUUAGGUCCCCAUUUCCUAUUUCCCUUUUAUAUUCUGGGAGCUGGUGGACAGAUACUCCUGCUGUUUGAGCUACCCUUUGAGAUAUAAAAUUGUGAGUAGCCCCACAAUCAAUUAGAAUGAUAAUAUCUUUAGUCGUUCUGCCACUUGUUAAUUUCCCUUUCACUCUGAAAGUCUUAGGGACUGUGAUUCCUUCUUUGUUCAUGGAAGACAGCUGCAUAUUAGAGGUGCCUGCUUCUUCCCACUUUGGACUAAUUGCCAUUGUACCAGGUCUCUUUUUACCAAUGCAUGAAUUUUCUGGCCAUUGGAUAAUCUCUCCUUGCUCCUCGGUUUCGUCCUUCUUAUUCAGUUUCUUGAUUACAGAUUCCGUUGGCUCCAUCUCAGUUUUAUUUAUUGACUGGGGUGAUUCUUUCGCAGGUUGAGAAACUAGUGAACUCAUCAAUCCUGAUAGUGAAGAAUCUGGUGAUUGCGAGUUGGGGUUUUCUACUUGCAACCAUUUUUUAGAAUGGUAAUGCGAAGACCUCGAUGACUCUGGUUUUGCUGUCUUCCCUGUCUUCUGCCGGUGUCUAGGUGAAAAAUCCCUAAUCAAAUCUUUUUUUAAAGCCUCCCAACUAUCUUCUCUCUUUUGAAAGUCCCACCAUUGAAACCAGCCAUCUGCAGCUUCCCCCAUUGCCUUUGCUGCAAUGUCUACUUUAAAUCUUUCUGCAAUAGCUUGGACUCGGAAAUAUCUUUCCAUCCUCCCUAUCCAUGCGUACGCUUCAACCUUGUGGAAUAGAGGUAAUUCCUCUGUCUUUGACCUAGCUCCGACUUCAUCGCGAGUCUUCCUCCCAUCAUCGCUAGUCUUCCGCGCUUCAUCGCGAUUCUUCCCCACCUUCUCGCUGUUUCGUUCCAAUUUGCGCAAACCAGAUGCGGACAGUUCUGACCAUCGAUGUUCUUCGCGUAAACCAUAGCGCUUCUCCAUGGUUCCAGGCGUCGAUUGCUCUGAAGAAGACGAAGAAGAUUCACUACUGUCCAGUCUCUUGCUUCGCUUUGUUGUUUUGGACCUUCCGCGCGACUCGCCUCGCUGCGAUAUGAAUUCGCGCAACUCAUCGCGAGUUCGCUGAGCUACUUUGCGCAUCUCCUCGCGCAUGCGCGACGUCUCUGUGCGGCUAUUCUCCAGCUCACGUUCCACAUUCUCCAAUCGCGCUUCCAUCAUUCCUCUUGUGGUGACCAUGUACAGGUAAAAGAUCGUUGCUCUGAUACCAAUGUUAGGUUAUCGGUAAUUCAACAGUAAUUCUGAGCUCAAAAAUGGCGAUGAAGAUAAAAAACAAAAGUUCAUUGUUUAACCGAGAGACAAGAAUACAAUUCCCAAGUCGUUUCCGACUCCCAGUCCCUAGUCCCAAGCCCGCUAAUUCCAACCACCCCCUUUCUUCUAUUCCCAGCCUACCUUAUUUAUUCAUUCACUCAUGGGCCAGCCCACCUCCACUUAGUUAUAAGACCUACACCCCUUUUAUUACAAAAUAUUAAGACUUAAUAAUAUUCUUAGGUCUCUAUCAGUAUCCCAGUUGCAACCGUUGCUAUAAAAAAUGCAACCAAUGCUGGUCUGCUAGCAGUGAGAUUAUUAGGGAUCAGUGACAUGAAACUGCAAGCAAGAAACAAAACUCCAUUGCCAUUUCUUGAUUUGUCCCAGAAACAAAACCCAGACAACUGACAGAGCUCCAUUGGCAUUUCCUGCGGGUGAACCCAAAUUUCUUGAUGUGGCCGGAGCUCGCCCUCAAUACUUCGUAUGGAGUCCUGGAAAAGCCAUUCCUUUGCAAAGCUGGCAAACCGAUGCCCUGAGUUCAAACGUAAUAAACCUGACCUGUUUUCUAUAUAUGGAUUUCUUGACUGCUAUCCGGCCGGCAAUCUGUUUUAUUUACGCGGAGAACCAGGCCUUGCUCUUGCCAGCUUGCUCUUGCUCAUCAGCUUAUUGGAAGGGCAUUGGGAAUUCCUGGAGCUUCUAUUCAUUGAUAUGACAAACCAGAAAUGCGAAAACAAAGAAAGAUGGGUCACAUCACGUUUGUGGGGCCCUCGACGGGCAUCGUGGAAGCAAGACUAAGAUCUGCACUUGAAGAAAAUGUCAAGGAUGGCCUGUCUUAUGUUGCACCACGUGUCGGAAUCAUAAUGGGGUCUGAUUCAGAUCUUCCUGUUAUGAAGGGGGCUGCAAGAUACUUCAAGAUUUUGAUGUGCCCACAGAGGUAAGAAUAGUGUCCGCACAUAGGACUCCUGAGAUGAUGUAUUCUUAUGCUCUGUCUGCAUUAGGACGUGGUAUUCAUGUAAUAAUUGCUGGUGCUGGGGGUGCGGCCUACUUGCCUGGCAUGGUUGCUGCAUUGACUCCAUUGCCAGUCAUCGGAGUUCCAGUACGAGCCUCUGCUCUCGAUGGAAUGGACUCUCUAUUGUCCACUGUUCAGAGUUGCUUGAGAUGAUCGAGCAAGCAAUGCCAGGUUCGGAAGAUAUGCAAAAGAUGUAAUAAACUGGGGGUGGAAAGGAAGCUGGGCUAAAAGAUAUGCACAAAAUGUUUUCUUCAGGUCCAUAUCCAUAUAUA